AGUGGGGAAUUCUUAACUCAAGAAGAAAGAGAAGAAAUCUCCAAAAUAGUUAAUGAAGAGCAAGAAAAAGCAGAACUCUUGGAACAAAAUAUUUUAGAAGUAAUGGAAAAGAUAGUUUCGGGAGUUGAUUAUUGGGAAGAUACCAAACAAAUCGAGUUAAGGAAAUAUAUCACAAGGAUUUUGUUAGACUAUUCUCUAAGAGAACAACAAAAUAAUCCGCAAAUAGUCGCGAGCAAAAACCAGUUACAAAAAGAACUAAAAGAAAAAAUAAAAGAAGGGACGAAGCCCUCGGAAUUGAAAAAGAUUAAACAAGAUGGAGGAGAGCAUAAUAUUUUAGAUAAUAUUGAUUGA